AUGGCAGACAAGCCAGACGUGGGGGAAAUCACCAGCUUCAAUAAGGCCAAGCUGAAGAAAAUCGAGAAGCAGGAGAAGAACUCCCUGCUGACCAAAGAGACCAUUGAACAAGAAAAGAGGAGUGAAAUUUCCAAAAAUCUUAGACUGGAGGAUUCCCCCACCCCCCCCCACCCCACCCCACCCAACACUGUCAUCUCUGAGACCCCCUUGUGA